GCAGCUUUUCCUUCUUGCUUCGUCCAUUUCAUCAAGUAGUAGCAGUAGCAGUAGCAGUAGCAGUAGGACUACUAGUAGUAUUACGAGAACGCAAAACGAGACACAUCAACCAGUAUGGCGUCCUCCACGUCCAACGAAAAGGAAGUAGUGAAGACGACAGCCUCGACCUCCUCUCGCGGCCACGACGAAGCAGAAGUCGGCCAAGUCGAAGAACUCAGCAGCAGCAGCACCGCCGAUGUCGAUGCCGCCCUCGACUUCCUCCGCCACGAAGGCCCAGUUCGUGAAAUGACAGUCGAAGACGAGAAGCGUCUCGUCCGAAAAAUCGACUGGAUGAUUAUGCCGCUGAUGUGGAUGUGCUACUGUCUCCAAUACCUCGACAAAACACUCAUCAAUUACGCCAACGUCAUGGGUCUCGAAGAAGAUACGAACAUGUCCAAGGACGAAUACAGUCAUCUGGCAUUGAUUUUCUACGUCUCCUAUCUGGCCUUUGAAUUCCCGCAUGCGUAUGGAAUGCAGAAAUUGCCGACGGCGAGAUAUAUUGGCACCAUGGUGUUCUUCUGGGGUGUCAUUGUGGCCGUGACUGCUGCUUGCACGAAUUAUGGUGCUCUCGUCGCGACGAGAGUUCUCCUGGGAGUGUUUGAGUCUGCUGUUGCUCCGAGUCUGAUUUUGAUUACGAGUAUGUGGUAUAAGAGGAACGAGCAACCGCAACGAGUCGGAUUGUGGUAUCUGGGAACGGGAACGGGAACGAUAUUUGGCAGUCUCAUCUCCUACGGAUUCCAGCACGUAAACAGUCGGACGUUCUACUCGUGGCAAAUUAUGUUUCUGACAGUCGGUCUAAUCACCUGCGUCGUCGGCAUCGCAACCUUCUUCUUCCUCCCCAACACGCCCAUGUCCUCUCGCCUCACGCACGAAGAGAAAGUCUGGGCAGUCCUCCGCCUCCGCGAAAACCAAACCGGUAUUGAAAACACACACUUCAAACCUCCACAAAUGAUCGAAUGCUUCCUUGACCCGCAGACCUGGCUCCUCUGCCUCAUCACCAUCGCCUCUUCCGUCCCCAACGGAGCCGUAUCUAGCUAUCAAGCCACCAUUAUCAAAAAUUUCGGCUACGACAGCAAAACUACCGCGCUCCUCUCUAUCCCUUCCGGCGCCGUGGGCAUCGUGUCAAUUCUCAUUUCCACGCAACUCGCAGGAAGGUUCAAUCAACGCGGAUUGCAAGUCAUUGUAUUAUUGCUCAUCGGAGGAGUCCUCGGGGGUUCUCUCAUGGCAUUUUUACCAGCGAAUGAUAAAGCGGGAAAACUCAUUGGGAAUUAUCUCACCAAUGCUAUUGGUGCCAGUUUACCUUCGUUGUACUCGUGGGUCGCGGCGAAUUAUGCUGGUCAUACGAAAAAGGUCACAAUGAAUGCCCUCCUCCUCAUGUCCUUUUGUCUCGGCAACAUUCUCGGACCCCUCACCUUCACCGCCCAGUCCUCUCCUCAGUACAUCCCCGCCAAAGUGACCAUCAUCGUGGUCUGCGCGGUCUCCUGUAUAUUCAUUGGAGUGCUGCAGACCUAUUACGUUUUCGAGAAUCGACGCAGAGACAAAUUGGAGGCCGACGGAGGGAUGGUGUACGAGAGUGAUGUAGAGUUCAAGGAUAAGACGGAUCGAGAGAAUAUGGGGUUUCGAUAUCGGUUGUGAGAGCCAGCCUCAACUGGAUAGAGGCUUGAGAGAGCUGUAGUAGGGCUUUUGACGAUAGAGACAUUACCUAACCUCCUUGCAGCGAAGAUGAUAUGAAGACC